GUGUCUUCAACUUUGCGCGGCGCGAAACUGUGACGGCUGGUUGUUCUGGAUUGGAACUUGGUUCAUCUCGUCUUGCUGGCCUCUUCUUCCCGGAAAACAAAACAAAACAGAUCACCAAUCCAAACUACCAAAGGAGGCGAAAAACCAAAAAGUCCAGAUAUAUCAACAAUCUGUCUAUUCGCUUUCGAAAAAAAAGGAGAGUCAUUGCCAACAAGGUCCAAGAACAUAAAUAAACGAGAAAGCAAUCGCCAUCAAAUCCGCCCGCCACAACCAAACGUUCCCGUUCGCUUCACGCCGCGCCAAAUCCGUUACUCCUGUUCUCCCCUCCCCUUUCGAAUCACUCCGUACUGUCAACGUCGUGGCCAAGCCCUACUUCGCCUGUUCCACGCAGAUCGAUAUCGAAACCUCAACCCCCAGCCCCGAUCAAUCUCCGGGACCACUCAGUACAAUGGCGCAAACACCAGAACAGAGACGGCGCAACGCAAAGUUCAUCAAGGACCAGGAGGCGCGCCGUGGAAAGUCUGAGUCGGAUAUCAAGACGCGCGGCAAGGAGAUCCAAAAGUCACCCAUAUCUCCAAUCUGGCUGGGACUUCUCGGCUUCGUCGUCUUCGGAGGUCUGGUCUUUGAGGUCUUUUCCCGCUUCUUCCUCUGAGGUGUAUAACAAUGCCACGUCAUACCGAUCUAGGCAGGCAAUUUUAGCCAGCCUGUGUUUUGUCCAGGAUAUAAAAAGAAUUAUUGGCGACUUCGAUAGGCGCAGCUUGACUGGUCGGCAUUCGAAAACCCGGUUGAUACUUGCGUGCUGUCACACUACUGCAGUAAAGGUGUCCCGGGGCGCAACAGAAACCGCCCCCCCCCCCCCCCCCCAAAUGUCUUCUUGCUGGGAAAUGGGAACCUCU